AUGGCUUCCUCCGUCCUUGCUAACCGGAACGAACCUAAUUGGCCACAGCAUAGAGGCGGUGGAGCUGGAUUCAUGGGAAAAGUACCUUUCUCUAACCCUAACCCUAAUUCUAAUCCUAAAUUAGCGAAUAGCAAGAGGACCCAAUCGGCGUCCGACGAUGCUUCCUCUAUCAACAGGCGAUCGAACGACGCCGCAGUAAGUCACUCUCAAUACGUCUGCUUCAGCAUCUCUUCGUGCUCGAAGAAAGAGCUCAACGACAUCAAGAAUCGCCUUGUGUCGGAGCUUGAGCAGGUUCGCAAGUGCAGAAAUCGAAUCGAGUCUGGCGAGUUACAUCCUGGACAGAGUUCCAACGGCCACCCGAAGAAACCGUCUAGCAAAAAGGUUUCAGGCAACAAGCGACCCUUACCCUUGAAUUCUGUCAAGGAAUUGAAACGGUCGCAUUCGGAAGUUGGGAACAUGAUGAAGGGUUGCUCGCAGAUUUUGCAGAAGCUGAUGAAACACAAACAUGGGUGGAUCUUCAAUGUUCCGGUUGAUGUUGUAGGAAUGGGUCUCCACGAUUACUACGAUAUAAUUAAGCAACCCAUGGAUCUGGGUACUGUGAAGUCGAAUCUCUCUAAGAAUGCGUACGCAACGCCUUCGGAUUUCGCCUCUGAUGUGAGAUUAACUUUCAACAAUGCUCUGACUUAUAACCCUAAGGGUCACGAUGUGUACAACAUGGCGGAGCAGCUUCUUGCGAGGUUUGAAGAGCUGUACCGGCCGUUGCGCGACAAAUCUGAAGGUUGGAUCAGACAAGAUCAAGAUUACGACGAGGAAUUGCAGGCUAGUUCCUGGAGCCAUGUUGAGCCGGAGAGGGUGAAGAAGAAGGAGAAUCCGAUCCCUCCUGCGAAAUUGCAACAAGAGCCUCCGGCCCCCCCAGCAAGUUCAUCAAACCCUCCAUUGCUGCAGUCUCCUGUACGAACACCAUCCCCAAUGCGAGCCCCUCCUGUGAAGCCUUUGAAACAACCGAAGCCGAAGGCUAAGGAUCCCAACAAGAGGGAGAUGAGUCUAGAGGAGAAACACAAGUUGGGGUUAGGAUUGCAGAGUUUACCAGCAGAAAAAAUGGAGCAGGUGGUUCAGAUUAUAAGGAGGAGGAACGGGCAUUUGAAGCAGGAUGGGGAUGAGAUCGAGUUAGAUAUUGAGGCUGUUGACACAGAGACCCUUUGGGAACUUGAUCGGUUGGUGACUAAUUAUAAGAAGAUGGUUAGCAAGAUCAAGAGGCAGGCAUUGAUGGGUAACAUUAACAACAACAAUGUUCAGUCUAGCAAAGGGAAUGGGGAAUUGGCUGCUAGUGAGAAGGUUGAUGGGGGACCAGUUGAGGUGAAGAAGCCAAAGAAAGUAGAAGCAGGUGAUGAGGAUAUUGACAUUGGAGACGAGAUGCCAAUGAGUAUGUUCCCCCCCGUAGAGAUUGAGAAGGAUAAAGAUGUUGGUGGAGGGCAUGCAAGUAGUAGUUCUAGUAGCUCUGGCAGUUCAAGCAGUGAUUCCUCAUCGUCUAGUGAUUCGGAUUCAGGGAGUUCCUCGGGGAGCGAUUCUGAAGCAGACAAUGGACAUUUGUAG